UUUUAAGUCAGUUUCCGAUAGAUGUCGCUAAAAUUUGACAGUCCAAGCGCGACAGUAGCCAUCUUUGCAAAUAGCCAAUUCGUUAUACAAUAUUCUCAAGAAAACGACCCCGAAAUCUUGGCCCGGCGAAUUUUCCGAUUGCAUUUCACAACCCUUUUGAAGCACCAACAAUCAUCGAUAUCAUUAAAACGGUGAGGUGAGCACGUUGUGACUAGAGUUUUGGCUUUUGUUGGAGGUGUGCCAAAGAAAUUUCGCUUGUAAUGCUGCAACCUGCUUUGUUUUGAUCCGUAGGGGACUCUCAAGGAUCUUUUUGUAACAUUGAGAGGAGUAAGAUGUUUCGUUUUAAUAGAAAUUGAAUUUGCGAAAAGGAUUUUUAUUAAAGGAUGGACACCACGGACCAGCCGAAUUCGAUUUGUCACGUGCGCCCCAUCCAGAUGUACCCAAUGCCGCCUACUACCGCUGAUAAAAUCGACCUCCCCUUCGUGCUUUUAGCUGGGGAAUCAGUUACAAGAACCGGAACCUCCGUCGACGGACUUUUAGUGUUAACCAGCUACCGGCUUUAUGUUCAAUUAUGCGACACCCAACAUCACAUCCCAUUGGGAUUAAUCGAAAGCGUCGAACAAAGGGAAUUGUUUCAUUUACACAUCAGUUGUAAGGAUGCGAGGAGUUUUCGGUGUACGUUUGAUAAUAACGAGACAUGCUUAGAUUGGAACAGUCAGUUGAUUAAGGCAUCGUUACCUCCUCGUCAAUUGGAAGAGUUGUUCGCCUUUUAUCAUUACGUUUGGAGUCGUGAAAAAGGGGGCGACGAUGUCGCGCAGAAAAUCGACGCCCAAAAAGCGCUUCUUUAUGACGAGGCCGCGUUUAAAAACGAAUUCACGCGAUUAAAAUUCGAUCAAAACGGAACUUGGAGGAUAUCCUCUGUAAACGCAUCUUAUAAACUUUGCCCGAGUUAUCCACCAUCGUUGGUGGUGCCAUCUUGUAUCAGUGAUGUUACUUUGGAAACGGUGGCUAAGUUUAGAAGUUCUAGGAGGAUCCCAGCUGUUGUGUGGAGGCACACAAGAAAUGGGGCUGUUAUAGCGCGUUGUAGCCAACCGGAAGUGGGUUGGUUAGGUUGGCGUUCCGCGGAAGAUGAGGAAUUAUUAAAAGCGCUCGCCGAUGGGUGUUCGUACGAUAUUGGGGACCUCCCCAUCGAUAAGGAAUAUUGUAUCUCUCAUUCUCCUGGAUCUGUGCAUUCUGAAGAUUCAGGGCAAACACAAUCAGUCGCUGAUAUUUUAGAACGAAAAAAGGUGUUAAUUAUGGAUGCAAGAUCUUACACGACGGCUGUGGCAAAUCGGGCGAGAGGGGGUGGAUGCGAAUGUCCCGAAUAUUAUCCAUGCUGUGAAAUACAAUUUAUGAACUUGGCCAAUAUCCAUUCCAUAAGAAAAAGUUUUCAUGCGUUAAGACAACUUUGCACAUCAUCAGCUGAUCAACCAAAUUGGUACAGCCUCUUAGAAGGGACAAGAUGGCUCCAACACAUGUCGGGAGUAAUCCGAGCCGCUGUAACCCUCGUAAGCGCCAUCGAAAGAGAAGCAAGACCCGUUUUGGUUCAUUGUUCCGACGGUUGGGAUCGAACGCCCCAAAUAGUCGCUUUAGGACAACUUUUAUUGGACCCAUAUUACCGAACUGUCAAUGGUUUUAGAAUCUUGGUGGAAAAAGAAUGGCUUUCAUUCGGUCACAAAUUCGCCGAUAGAUGUGGCCACGCGACCGGAAGUGAAGACCAAAACGAACGAUGCCCCGUUUUCCUGCAAUGGCUCGAUUGCGUCCAUCAAUUACUGAGACAAUUUCCAUGCAGUUUCGAAUUUUCUCACGCGUAUCUCGUCAAAUUGGCCCAACACACUUAUUCGAACCUCUUUGGAACGUUUCUUUGCAACACUAAGCAGGAAAGAGUCGAUCGGGUUAACGAGAAUACAUUUUCCGUUUGGGGAUUUUUAAACGCCCCUUGUUUUCGGAAUCAUUUGUAUGCACCAAUUAAACUCGAUUCCCCACAGGUUUUAUGGCCUCAAUGUAACGUGCGAGACUUACAUUUAUGGACGGAGGUGUAUUUGGGGUCAUUAGAAAGGCGUUCGACCGUCGAAAGUGGGUGUAGUUCUUGUCCGGGACCUCCGGAAGAUCCGAUUUCGCAACAUAUGACUAAAACUCGAUCGUACGGUGAUUUACCGAACGCUUCCGAGAAUUCGCAAACCCAUUUUAGACGUAGUAGUGACUCAGGAAUAACUGCAGAUUCGAUAAAAAUAAAUUCUUUAACCGUGGAGGAUAAACCCCCUCAAGCGGAUGAUUCAAAUCCCCCAAUUAACGGUUGUGACGAUAUAAUGACACCCCCGAAUGAUUUUUUAUCUGGGGAGCUCGACGAGAUCGACUGCAAAAGUGACUGUUUAUACAAAGACGAGCGUAGUGCGAACGAAGAGGAUUGCGAGGACGAUCCGUUUCCUACAUUAGUAAACGGAGGCGCUCUCGCGGGUGAUAACGAAUCGGGGGUUCACGCGAUGGGCGACGCGACCGCGAAAAUAAAGACUGAAAAUAACGAUAACGAGGCGGUUUUUGAAAGUAUUUGUUUAAAAACGCCCCCUUCAGAACAAUUAAGUGGCGAAUUAGGUAGCGAUGUGAUUCGGUGUAGUGUCGCUAGGGGCGCUUCAUCCACAACGCUAACGCCAUCUGUAGGGGAUGACGUCGACUCCGACACCGAGUGCACCGAGCCCAGCGAAGGUCGAUCUGAAAAUACCGUCGUUUGUGAUGUGCGGAGUGUCGAUAAUGUUUUGGAUUCGGUCGAAACUAGUACUGAGACUUUGGUGUCUGAAAUCGUUGUUAAUAGUUUACCAAAACCUAUCAAUGGGAUUGAAAAAAUAACCAAUGUGGAUACUUACAAUGGAAAUGGAAGUGAUUCUUGUAAAACGUGCACUCAAAAUAGGAGGGUUAUUAAUUGUAAACACAGUUAUAGUGGAAGUACAAGUGGAAAAACAUCCCAAUACUCAACACCGCCUUUAUAUUCACGAACCCCAAGCGCAAACGGCUGGGAUAACACAUUAACGUACCUCAAUCAACAACAAAAAUAUUAUCAAUGCAGCAGCCUAGGAGAUGACGGCCUCGUACCUUUAAGAUCUGAUUUACAAGAUCGACUUUGGCAAAUAAUCGAGGAACAUAGGAUGAAAGAAGAAGAACUAAGGCGAGAAUUACAAACGUAUCGAAGAGCACUAAUAAAACAAGUGUGUCAUAAAUGUAACCAAAACGACGCGGAUAAAAACGACGAAACGAGUUCCGUGGUGGACUCGGUGUGUAGUACAGGGGAAGGCCCCACUUCCGCCGUUGAAUCUCUACAAUCGGAUAUGUCGUGGGAAGCCGUCGAGGAAGGGGCCGCUUUCGUCGAAAACGCCCCCCCUAUAUUAUGGGUCCCCGAUUACGCCGUCACCAGAUGUACCGGAUGCCAAGUUAUUUUUUGGUUGGGGAGAAGAAAACAUCAUUGCAGAAAAUGUGGGAGAAUAUUUUGCGCGGAUUGCUCAGAAAAUAGCACACCUUUACCAUCCGAAAAUCUUUACGACCCAGUCCGCGUAUGCACUUCCUGUUACUCGAAAUUACGCAGAGAUUGCACAGAAGUAAUCCCAGAUCAGUGCAAACAAAGAGCAUCACAAGCGACGAAUAAUAAUCCUCAAAUAGCCGCAUCAAGCAACUAAAAAAUGUAUCAGAAAGAAACGAACAAGCAAAAAGAAGUGAUUGAAGUUGAAUUUAAAAUUAGAAAAAUCCAAUUUGGUUUAGAAUUAACUAAAAAAAAAUUUAAUCCAUCGCGAUCUAGUCAAUUACGAAAAAAAGGCUAAGAAUGCGGCUAAAAAGAAUUAAGAGGAGAGAGAUAGAAUGUUUUAUGUGACACUGUGAUGAUUUUUUUCCUAAAAAUUUUUUUAAUGUCAAAUUUGACGUGAAACGUCAAAAAUUUUUUUUGUUGGGGUUAUCUUGCUAACUUCAUGUCUUAUUUUAAAAAAAUAUAUUUUUGUUGUAAUUUUAUUUAAAAAAAAAAUCGAUUUAAUGAGAUUAAAAGGUGACGAGUAAACAAAUAGGUAGAUAGAGAAUGAGAUUAAAUUAAUGGACAAAAAAAUUAACUAAAAACGAUUAAAAUAACCAAAACCACCCAAAAGUACGUAAAAAAAACCUUUAUCCGUUUAUUUCGAGUCGAUCUUUACUAAUCGAGAUAGUAUUACUAAAUAAAAAGAAGAAAAUAUGAACGAGAGAGAGGAGGAGGAGAAAAAAACAUUAUUUGUACACAUUAUUUGUAAUAUAAAAACAUUAUCCCGCGAUAUCUGUGUGAUUAUACGAUAAAAAUAAUUAAUAUAAAUUAAAAUAGAUGUAACGUUGGAAAUAAUAUUGAAUAUUUAUUGGUUCUA